UCCCAGCCCUCAGGCUUCCGAGUCGCCAUACUAACCCCCCGCUACUAGCCAGCAGACAGCAUAUUCUUGUUUGGGGCCUUUGUUGCAGUGUCGCCGCUAGCUCAGCAUCCCUCGCCCGCCAGCUCUUCGCCAUACAAUACAUACCCACCAUUCCUAGCAACAAUGCGAUUCCUUGCGCCCUGGCACCUGCUCGUGUCGUCGCUGACCUGGUGUGCUGCCGAGCCCCUCGCAAAGCCCGAGGCUGUGCCCCAGCAGCUUACGAAUAAUGCGCCCUUCUCGGGCGCCGUGUACAUUGUGAAUCCCGACGGCCAGCAGGUGGUUGCCCAAGACCACAACUGGUGUCCGUCGUCGGCAUCCGUGAGCUGUAGCAGUGUCGACCAUCCCAGCUGGUGCUGUCCUGCAAAUUACCAAUGCGUAGUGCCCGCAAACUCAAACGGACUGAUCGGCUGCUGCCCAAACGGAAACACGUGUGGAGGAACCGUCAAUGUCGCCCAGAUCACUACCGUGACCGUAUACCCCCAGCAACAGACUGUCUACGCUCAGCCCCCACAGACCACCGUGUACCAACAUCCAAACCCUGUGCAAGGCGGCUUCUGCGCCACAAUCACCAUGAACGGGCCCGGUCUGCCAAGAGCUGGAGAGGGAUCAUGCGGCACCAUUCUAAUCGUUGCGGGCGCACCGAGCCUCAAGGUCCUAGGCCUCGGUGCUGGACUCGUUGCCUUUAUUCUUCAUUUUGCGCUGGGGAGAAUGUUCCAUGGGGUUUUGUAAAGAAAAGGCCCUGGUGGUAAACGCUAUUAUUUUUUUUUUGUAAACGUUGUUACGAUUUCACGAAUUACGGGUUACUUGUACGUCUUCUUCAUUACACGACAGAACAUACUAGACUCCUGGCUGGGCUCGCCGCAAAUUCAAUUAUUGGUUGCCC